AUGCUGUCUCCUCAUAUGGACCUGGCCAGGAACCAGGACCACCCUGAACGACAGCACUAUCACCAACAGCAGCAACAGCCGGAGCAAGAGCAGCAACACCAGCAACAGCGACGCCAGCAACAGCAACACCAGCAACAAGAUCAGCAACAGCAACAGCAACAACACCAGCGGCAGUCCUCCGUCGACUCAUCCACGGAAGCGGAAGCCAUUGCCGCUGCGAAUGACGCCAUCCGUUUCCAGUCUGGCUUCACUUCCCGUCCGGAUCUCCCUGACAGAAACGUCACUGCGGACAGCAUCGAAGAUGCCUAUGUGCGCUUCAUCUUCUACUGCAACCCCGCGGUGCGCCUGAGCGUCAACACCGACACUCUCAGGGAAGCCUUCCGCAACCCGCCCAAGAGCGGCGGCAAGACCUUCCACCCCUUCACCAUCUACGAGCUGGUCCGCAGGUUCUAUGCGCACGAGAUCAGGACCUGGACCGACCUGACUAUCAUGCUCGGGGUCGAGCCGCCUGACCCAAGCAAGGACGAGAGCUCGCAGAAGAUUUCUCAGUAUGGCGUCCGUCUAAAAAAAUGGAUGAACUCUAUGCACGUCAAGGCGUUUUUCGAGUAUCUCAUGGAUAGGCCCAAUGAGUAUUGGACUAACAUUCCCACGGACCCCAACCCCGUAGCUUGGCCGGUCCGCGAUGGCGUUGCUUUCGAGGACGAUAUGGCUCUGAGGGCCGUCGUACCUGAGAUCCGGCCAAAGAGGGGCCGCAAACGGCCAGAUCCUGACGUCGGACCUGCGCCUGCAACUCGAAGGCUGCGGAAGACGCCACCCUCUGCAGUUGACAAUCACAACCAUGGCACGCAAGCUUGGUCAGCCCACCCCGACGGUAGGCCCCAGAUGCCUGCGGACACCAACCGGCCCACCAACAAUGCGGGCUAUGACAAUCUGCAGGCGUCACUUGCCCGGUGGCCGCAGUCUGCCGUGACACCGACGACAAGAGGCACAUUCUGGGACGACGCCCUCGAACCCAGGUCCGCCGUCACGCCGUCCAAACCGCGACAGUCUUACCCCCGGAGAGGCGCCAAGAAUGUUUCGUCGGCAUGGAAGACGGGCCCUCACGACAUCGGAGGCAAGUUGAGGGGGCGGCCACCGAUCAACCGAACUCCUGUGGAGAGCAAUCCAUCGUCGAACCAGCACUGGACACCGACGAGUGAUGCCAGCCCCGCCUAUCCGAAAGCACCUGAGCAUUACAGCUAUGGCCACGCUCAGUAUCAACCUACUACUCAACCUCCCUUGGGCAACCAUGCGCCACCUCCGGCGUCCCUGCCGCCGGCGAUGCAACACCAGCACGCUGCCAACGAAGGAGCGCGGCCAGCGAGACCCAGUAUAUCGCUGCAGGUCCCGGAGCGGCAAGGCGGCUCAGUCCGGUUGGCUACUCCACCACCACCCCCUCCACCUCAGGCCCCGCCACCAGACGUCCACAUCAACGGCCAGCCGAAUGGGCAAGCCAGCGAACGAGUCAACAUGGAGAGACCUUUCGCUCCGCCAGGGACCAACGCCUCCGAUCCGAACCAAGGGCCGUCUAACAGAUGGCAGCGGUUCGCCAAGGAAGCAACGGAUGCUUACGAGCAGGCCGCCAGCGUCCCCGGCACUGGGUGCGACCCCCCGGAUGAAAUGCCCGAGUUUUACUUUGAGAGGAUGGAGGAUCGGACCAACGUCGAUGCCCUCUUGGCCUACUUUGUGCGCUCUAUGACCGACUCGGAGUGGCUAGACGCCGAGGGAAACCCGGGCAAGCCGGCGGGGAUCGAGGAGUCGACAGCCAUGGUCAACUCGAUGCUGCAGAACAUGUACAAGACGUCGACCUCGCCGCAGGCCUUCCUCAUCAACCUCGCGGCGCUCGCAGGGUCCAUGAUGCUGGUGACGAGUCGGCCCAAGUGCGCACGCAUGGGCGAGAGCGACGGCACGCACGUCUACAAGUGCGACUGGGAGUACCGCUUCGGCCACGUCAAAGGCAGCUUCACCAUGUCGCAGUACGUGCCGUCGACCAUGUGGAAGCCGAGUAGAACGGAGGCCGGUAGAGGCGGCAGUCAAGAUCACGGGCCGGGCGAGGCUGGCGCGGGCGCCAGUGGCGACGGCGAGCCGGAGGUGCCCUUGUCCGCCGACGACUGGAAGAGAAAGUACCAGGCGUUGACGGAGGAGAUGUACAAUCGCAACAAGGAGAUACACGACCUGCGAACCAGGGUGAUGUCCUCGCUGGGACGGGAGUGGAUGGAGACGUGA